CUCUCUUCUCUCUCAUUUCUGAAGACGACACAAGAUGCGAUUCCUGAUGAAAUCGGAGAAAUCGCCGAUGGCUUCGAGAUCGGCGAAUGGGUUAUUAGAUCUAACAACGACGGCGGCUGUUUCUGAUCGACAUCAACGGUGGUGCCCUGAAGCUAACGGCGAGGUCCAACCCUAACGAAUCGGAGGGAGAAGGCAUCUCAAGAUAAGAAAAGCUUGGAUGUUGGUGCUAACCUUUUAAUUGGGAACCUUGACCCUGAUGUGGAUGAGAAGCAGUUGUAUGAUACUUUCAGUGCAUUUGGUGUGAUUGCUUCUAAUCCUAAGAUAAUGACAGAUCCCGAUACUGGAAACUCACGAGGUUUUGGUUUCAUCAGCUAUGACUCCUUUGAGGCAUCUGAUGCUGCUAUUGAGGCAAUGACUGGACAAUAUCUAUGUAAUCGUCAAAUUACAGUCUCUUAUGCAUACAAGAAAGAUACCAAAGGAGAGCGUCAUGGUACUCCAGCUGAGAGGCUUUUGGCUGCCACGAAUCCAACUGCCCAGAAAAGCAGACCCCAUACACUAUUCGCAACUGGCCCCCCAUCCAAUGCUCCUCACGUUAAUGAUGCUUCCCACAAUUACCUAUUGAGAUAAUCUUUCAACAAGUGUUGCUGCAAAGUUUGUUCAUACAUCUCUAAACAAGAAUCGUUGUUCAAUCAACCGUGUAUUGGUAUAUCCCUUUAGCAGCUUGGUGUUUCUACUAUUAUUCUCUAUUUGCCAUGUUUUCUUUACUCUAUUAUGUUCGACUUAAAGCGAUCUUCUUCUUUUUUUUUUGCCUAUGGAGUUUGGCCAAACCGAAAACUGCUUUUGGAGUUGUGAUCUUCUGUUGUUGUGAAUCUUAUUCCAAAUUCUAUUUAAUAUGUUUAA